AAAGUCUGUAGUCGUAUUAAGCUGUGAAAUGGCUAGUUGUCUGCAUGAGAAAAAUCUUUUAUUAGUCUAUUCAAAAGAAUUUUUUUUUUUUACAUGGCACUUUGAGGAAUCGGACAUGAAACCUGAUAACUGCAUUAGGAGUUCUGAGUUUCAAUUAGCAGAGGGAGUUACUUCAUUUCUUGAGAUGCAUGUUAUUGAGGACCAAGGAGUCUUACGUCUUUUCUUGUUUUUAAGGAAUCCAUCAAUCGGUAUCAAAACUGGAUUGUUCACUGUCAUUGUAACAGACGAGGCCUCUACAAUUUAUAGCAAAACAGUAUCGAAGAAUUAUUUUGUCAAACACGAAGAGGAAAAAAUAAAAAUCGAUUUUCUCAAAGACUUCAGGGGCGAUUUACCAUCAUCUGUUAAAUAUCCAUUAGUCAUCACCUGUAGUUCUAACUAUUUUAUUGCUGUUGAUAAGUGUAAACAUUCAGAGAACUUAUCACAUUUGAAUAAUUUGCGAGAGCUGUCCUUGCAUUUUAAAAAAGUUUUGGACGAAGCCAUUUACUCGGACAUCGUUCUUGAUGUGGAUGGAGACAAAAUUAAAGCUCAUAAAUUGAUAUUGCAAGCUCGUUCCCCUGUCUUCCACAAGAUGUUCACUCAUGAAGCUGCGGAGAAUCCGAUUGCCAUCUCAGAUAUUGGGUUUGAUACAAUGAAGAGGCUUCUCAAUUUUGUCUACACUGGUACAACAGAUGAAUAUGGUUUUGAAGAACUUUUGGAACUAUACUAUGCUGCUGACAAAUACGAAGUGAUUUCUUUACGAGAUAGUUGCAAAAUAAAAUUGCUAGACUUUCUUCAAGUGGAUAAUGCGUGCGUCUUAUUUCUCGCAGCAAACCAACACAGCGACGAUGAUUUCGAAAAUGAAGUGGUACAAUUUAUCAGUGCUGAUUUUAAAUCAGUGGUUGAAACAGAAUCUUUUGCUGAACUGAGUAAAGACGAUAUGAAAUUACUUAUUCGUUUGUGUGCAUGUGUUUUGGAAAAAUAAAUAGUUGGUGGAUGCUUUUGAUUUUAAAA